CUGUUAUCAAUCUUGCUGUGGCUUUUUCAUAAGUGUCGACACAAUAUUUAAUUUGAAAUAGAGUCUAGAUGAGGUUUCGUUCAACUUGUCUCGUUUACUAUCUUCGUCAAAUUAGUCCUGGAGUUUGCUGUUAUCUGUAAUGAAAUAUGAACUUCAAACGACAAACUUCAAACGACUAUGAUAGAAAGACAGACGAUGGCGAACAAAGUGAAGUUUUAAAGAGACGUCUUUUGUCUGCGUGGAACAAUAUGAAGUUUGGCUUAAUAUCACCAAGCACAACAACAUUUUCUAUAGAAUAUCCAGUUUGGAUACUGGGAAAGUGCUACAACCUCAAUCCUGAUAUGGAAGCUACCUUGCGUCUGCAACCCGUCCAACCAAACUGCUUGCUUCCCAUGAAAGAAUUUCGUCGACAUUUUUCAUCCUUAUUUUGGUUUACAUACCGUAGAGACUUUCCAAAAAUACUGGAUUCAGAUUACACAACUGACACAGGAUGGGGGUGUAUGAUACGAAGUGCACAAAUGAUGUUUGCAAUUGGUCUGUCUUAUUUUCUUAUAGGAAAAGAUUUCAGAACCACAGGAAGAUGUCAUAGCAGAGUACAGACACAUUUGUAUAAAUCAAUCUUAAGAUUUUUUAAUGAUUCGCCGAUGGAAAUCAGUCCCUUUUCAUUGCAUAAACUUGUUAAACUGAGUGCAGCAUUUGGUAAACAGCCAGGUGAUUGGUUUGGACCUUCUCUUGUUGCACAUGUUUUAAAAAAAGCAUUGGAAGAAUCACACAAUCCAGUGAUGAAUUCUAAUCAAGGAGUUUGUGUGUAUGUUUCACAAGAUUGUACAAUCUAUAAAGAUGACGUAACCCAACUGUGUCAACAAUGCGCCGGUUGUAGCAAGAAAAACUGUUCUGACGAUAAUUGGAGGUCACUUAUUAUCUUGGUUCCUGUUCGAUUAGGCGGUGAAAGUUUUAAUCCAAUUUACCAGCCUUGUGUGAAGGCUCUUUUAACUCUCGAUUCGUGCAUUGGAAUAAUUGGUGGACGUCCAAAACAUUCCUUAUAUUUCGUGGGUUUCCAAGAAGAUACUCUUAUUUAUCUUGACCCUCAUUUUUGUCAGCCUGCUGUUGAUAUGACAUCGGAAGACUUUCCUUUCGAGACAUUUCACUGUGACUCUCCUCGGAAAUUACCAAUGAAAAAAAUGGAUCCUUCUUGUACGAUUGGUUUUUAUUGUGCGAAUAAAGAAGAAUUUGAAAAUUUCUGUGUAAAAGCAACUGAGAUGUGCCAUCCCCCUAUGCAGAAGACAACGUAUCCCAUCUUUAUUGUGGCUCCGGGAAACUGCCAAAAACUUACUUCAAGUUUAGAUCUCCUAUCAUCCACGUCGUAUACAGACAAUCCAAAUGAAUCAGAUCGUUUUCAUUUCGAGUGCAGAUCUCGUACGACUGAUGAUAUGUACAGUCUUCAAGAGAUUGCCGGAGAGAGCAUAAUGUUAGCUGAUAAACCUGCUGAAGACUAUGUUGUUUUAGGGUCAUUUAAAGAAAAUGAAUGAUAGUAAGUAGGUUUGACCGCAGGUUGCAUCACACCAUUCUGAUAUGCAUUGUAACUUUAUCUUAUACUAUUCCCUCACGGCUAAAGUUUAUUUGCAGCAAAAGAUUUCUCAUAAAGGCUUAAUUUUCCUGCCUUAUAACUAUCAUCAGCAUUCAGCAAAUUGAGUCCAAUUGUUUUAAUUUUUUAAUAAUUUAUGAAAUAUGAUGAAAUGAAUAAUA